CGCCGCACUCCGAUCCGCGGCUCCAUCCCUCCCGAUGGCGCUGCCCGGCGCUCGCCUCCCCUCUGACGCACUUUAAAGAGUCUCCCCCUUCAACCUCAAGGCGAGUAAUAGCGACCAAUCAUCAAGCCAUUUACCAGGCUUCAGAGGAAGCUGUUUAUGUGAUCCCAGCACUAAUUAGGCUCAUGAACUAACAAAUCGUUUGCACAACUUGUGAAGGGGCCGAUCACAUCCAUGGAUUGUCUUUGGACUUAGGGGGGGAGGGGGGGGCGCGACCGCCUUUUCCUUGCAGGAGGGAAACUUCUCCCAGCAACUUUUUUUUUUUUUUUUUUUUUGUGUGAGUGUGUGCGUGGUGCGUGUGUGUGUCUCCCUUUUGGGUACCGCUGGCUGCCGCUGCCUCCUUUUCCUCCAGCCCCUGUCUAUUUAUGUGUGUAUCUAUCCCUCCUCAAGUCACUCCCUGCUGCAAACUUCCCCGGAUCGUCUCCCGCGCACCAGAGAGAGACGGGCAGAGAUUGGGUCGGGGACUCUCGUCGCGGCAGCAUGUUUCAGCCCACACCCAAGCGGUGUUUCACCAUCGAGUCGCUGGUGGCCAAAGACAGCCCCUUGCCCGCGUCUCGCUCCGAGGAUCCUAUCCGGCCGGCGGCGCUCAGCUAUGCCAAUUCCAGCCCGAUGAACCCUUUUCUCAACGGCUUCCACUCCACUGGCAGGGGGGUCUACUCCAACCCGGACUUGGUCUUUGCAGAGGCCGUCUCCCACCCGCCGAACCCGGCCGUGCCGGUCCAUCCCGUGCCCCCUCCUCACGCCCUGGCCGCCCACCCGCUGCCUGCUUCGCACUCCACGCACCCGCUCUUCGCCUCGCAGCAAAGGGACCCCUCCACCUUUUACCCGUGGCUAAUACACCGCUACCGGUAUCUGGGCCACAGGUUCCAAGGGAAUGAAACCAGCCCGGAGAGCUUCCUAUUGCACAAUGCACUGGCCAGGAAACCCAAACGGAUCCGUACAGCUUUCUCCCCAUCCCAAUUACUGAGACUGGAACAUGCCUUUGAGAAGAACCAUUAUGUAGUAGGAGCGGAGAGAAAGCAGCUGGCACACAGUCUCAGCCUCACGGAAACUCAGGUAAAAGUAUGGUUUCAGAACAGACGGACAAAGUUCAAGCGGCAAAAGUUGGAAGAGGAAGGUUCAGACUCACAACAGAAGAAAAAAGGGACUCAUCACAUUAACCGGUGGAGAAUCGCCACCAAACAAGCCAGUCCAGAGGAAAUCGACGUCACGUCGGACGAUUAAAAACUGACACUUUUGGACUUUUUAAAGCCAGCACCCCACCAAGAGAAAGUGUUAAAGGCUCACCCCCCACCCCCGCGGUGCGGGGAAGGACACGGAGAUCUCCAUCAGAACGCGAUUCCUGCCUGGGAGGGAGCUGGGAGCGAGCGAGGGCUCCGAACUGUGGCACUGCCGGCACCGCUCUGGCAAAGGGGAUCUGUCAAUCAAAGCCAAAACACCGGGACGAGGUGAUUGACAGGUAUUCCGUUUAUCGCAGUCCACUUUUAAAAACAUACGUUAAAAAAAAAUUAAAAAUAUAUAGAAAAAAAUCAUAAAAAGGAAAAAAAAAUAGAAGCAAAAAAAGCCCCCAACCAAACCAGAAAAUUAACACCUUACGGGACAUUUUGCACUUCACGGUUUUUUCCGUCUUUGAAAGAGAAAUUUCCAUAAGCAGCCAAAACCCACACCUGUUUCAGAAACUUGAAUUGCAUGUGUAAAGCCGUCUGGGGAAAAAAAAAAAAGAAAAAAAAAACCUAAAAAAAGAAAAAAAAUUACUCCGGUUCCUAAAGACAGAAAUGAAUUGUAAUUUUUUUUCCCCUUUAAGACAGGUUCUGUGUGCUUUUUAAUUUUAUUUUACAAGAAAUGUGCAGUCUGUAAACAUUUUAUGAUAA